CCAUGCCACAUUUUACCUUCUUCCUCCUGCUCUCAGGCACUGCACUGUCAGCCUUCGUCUGUGUUCAGGGUAACACAAGGGCAAAAAGAUCAGCUGACAACCCAUUGUCAUCCUUUGGUGAUGGAUGGCAGAGUCAAAUAAGUGAAUUCACGUCGAACCUUCCUGUAAAAGGACCUGAAUCGUUUGGAGUUGGGAACUUACCUGGAUUGAACCAGGCUUCUGGAGCUGCUGCACCUGCUGAGAAAGCCAAGCGAUCAGCUGACAACCCAUUGUCAUCCUUUGGUGAUGGAUGGCAGAGUCAAAUAAGUGAAUUCACGUCGAACCUUCCUGUAAAAGGACCUGAAUCGUUUGGAGUUGGGAACUUACCUGGAUUGAGCCAGGCUUCUGGAGCUGCUGCACCUGCUGAGAAAGCCAAGCGAUCAGCUGACAACCCAUUGUCAUCCUUUGGUGAUGGAUGGCAGAGUCAAAUAAGUGAAUUCACGUCGAACCUUCCUGUAAAAGGACCUGAAUCGUUUGGAGUUGGGAACUUACCUGGAUUGAACCAGGCUUCUGGAGCUGCUGCACCUGCUGAGAAAGCCAAGCGAUCAGCUGACAACCCACUGUCAUCCUUUGGUGAUGGAUGGCAGAGUCAAAUAAGUGAAUUCACGUCGAACCUUCCUGUAAAAGGACCUGAAUCGUUUGGAGUUGGGAACUUACCUGGAUUGAACCAGGCUUCUGGAGCUGCUGCACCUGCUGAGAAAGCCAAGCGAUCAGCUGACAACCCAUUGUCAUCCUUUGGUGAUGGAUGGCAGAGUCAAAUAAGUGAAUUGACGUCGAACCUUCCUGUAAAAGGACCUGAAUCGUUUGGAGUUGGGAACUUACCUGGAUUGAGCCAGGCUUCUGGAGCUGCUGCACCUGCUGAGAAAGCCAAGCGAUCAGCUGACAACCCAUUGUCAUCCUUUGGUGAUGGAUGGCAGAGUCAAAUAAGUGAAUUCACGUCGAACCUUCCUGUAAAAGGACCUGAAUCAUUUGGAGUUGGGAACUUACCUGGAUUGAACCAGGCUUCUGGAGCUGCUGCACCUGCUGAGAAAGCCAAGCGAUCAGCUGACAACCCAUUGUCAUCCUUUGGUGAUGGAUGGCAGAGUCAAAUAAGUGAAUUCACGUCGAACCUUCCUGUAAAAGGACCUGAAUCGUUUGGAGUUGGGAACUUACCUGGAUUGAACCAGGCUUCUGGAGCUGCUGCACCUGCUGAGAAAGCCAAGCGAUCAGCUGACAACCCAUUGUCAUCCUUUGGUGAUGGAUGGCAGAGUCAAAUAAGUGAAUUCACGUCGAACCUUCCUGUAAAAGGACCUGAAUCGUUUGGAGUUGGGAACUUACCUGGAUUGAACCAGGCUUCUGGAGCUGCUGCACCUGCUGAGAAAGCCAAGCGAUCAGCUGACAACCCAUUGUCAUCCUUUGGUGAUGGAUGGCAGAGUCAAAUAAGUGAAUUGACGUCGAACCUUCCUGUAAAAGGACCUGAAUCGUUUGGAGUUGGGAACUUACCUGGAUUGAACCAGGCUUCUGGAGCUGCUGCACCUGCUGAGAAAGCCAAGCGAUCAGCUGACAACCCAUUGUCAUCCUUUGGUGAUGGAUGGCAGAGUCAAAUAAGUGAAUUGACGUCGAACCUUCCUGUAAAAGGACCUGAAUCGUUUGGAGUUGGGAACUUACCUGGAUUGAACCAGGCUUCUGGAGCUGCUGCACCUGCUGAGAAAGCCAAGCGAUCAGCUGACAACCCAUUGUCAUCCUUUGGUGAUGGAUGGCAGAGUCAAAUAAGUGAAUUCACGUCGAACCUUCCUGUAAAAGGACCUGAAUCGUUUGGAGUUGGGAACUUACCUGGAUUGAACCAGGCUUCUGGAGCUGCUGCACCUGCUGAGAAAGCCAAGCGAUCAGCUGACAACCCAUUGUCAUCCUUUGGUGAUGGAUGGCAGAGUCAAAUAAGUGAAUUCACGUCGAACCUUCCUGUAAAAGGACCUGAAUCGUUUGGAGUUGGGAACUUACCUGGAUUGAACCAGGCUUCUGGAGCUGCUGCACCUGCUGAGAAAGCCAAGCGAUCAGCUGACAACCCAUUGUCAUCCUUUGGUGAUGGAUGGCAGAGUCAAAUAAGUGAAUUCACGUCGAACCUUCCUGUAAAAGGACCUGAAUCGUUUGGAGUUGGGAACUUACCUGGAUUGAGCCAGGCUUCUGGAGCUGCUGCACCUGCUGAGAAAGCCAAGCGAUCAGCUGACAACCCACUGUCAUCCUUUGGUGAUGGAUGGCAGAGUCAAAUAAGUGAAUUCACGUCGAACCUUCCUGUAAAAGGACCUGAAUCGUUUGGAGUUGGGAACUUACCUGGAUUGAGCCAGGCUUCUGGAGCUGCUGCACCUGCUGAGAAAGCCAAGCGAUCAGCUGACAACCCACUGUCAUCCUUUGGUGAUGGAUGGCAGAGUCAAAUAAGUGAAUUCACGUCGAACCUUCCUGUAAAAGGACCUGAAUCAUUUGGAGUUGGGAACUUACCUGGAUUGAACCAGGCUUCUGGAGCUGCUGCACCUGCUGAGAAAGCCAAGCGAUCAGCUGACAACCCACUGUCAUCCUUUGGUGAUGGAUGGCAGAGUCAAAUAAGUGAAUUCACGUCGAACCUUCCUGUAAAAGGACCUGAAUCGUUUGGAGUUGGGAACUUACCUGGAUUGAACCAGGCUUCUGGAGCUGCUGCACCUGCUGAGAAGAGCAAGCGAUCGAGUCAAGAAUAUUCAUGGACAGACAAACUAAAAAAUCUGUUUACCGGUGGUGAAGCUUAAAAUAAGCAAAAAAAUAUAUCAAAUUACUUAUUUGUAUUUAAAUUAUUAGGAUUGUGCUAUUAAGAUUAAUCUUGUGUUUUUUGUGUGUUUAAUAAUGUGUCAUGCUUUUAAUACCGUACCAAAUAAAUUGUUAUACAAAAUA